AUGAAGUACGAACUCAACGGGCAGGUGGUGCUGAUCAGCGGCGGGUCGCAGGGCCUGGGGCGCGCGUUCGCGCAGAAGUACAUCGAGGAGUCGGACUCGACAGUGGUGAUCGUGUCGCGGUCGGAGGAGAAGCUGACGCGCGCGGGCGAGGCGAUCUGCGGCGGGGCGCGCCGGCUGGGGGCCGGCGGCGCCGGGCGCCUGCUGUACUACGCGUGCAACCUGGGCGACGCGGCGGCGGUGGGCGGGCUGUUUGCGACGCUGGCGGACGCGGGGCUGCAGGUGACACAGGUGCUGUUCUGCGCGGGCGGCGCAGUGCCCGGGCUGUUUGCGGAGCUGAGUUCCGCGCAGCUGGCGGCUGGCGUGGAGAUGAACUACGGCACGGCGCUGCACCUGGCGCAUGGGGCCGUCCGCCACGGGGCGCGGCACCUAGUGUUCUUCUCCUCGGCGGCGGCGGUGUACCCGUUCAUCGGGUACAGCCAGUACGCGCCGCUCAAGGCCGCGCUGCGCGCGCUCGUCGCGGUGCUGCGGCAGGAGUGCGACGGCGUGCGCGUGUCGUGCGUCUACCCCGGCAACUUUGCGUCCGAGGGCUACGCGGAGGAGAACCGCACGAAGCCGGCGAUAACCGCGGCAAUCGAGGGCUCCAGCGAGGCGAUCUCGUGCGCCGCGUGCUGCGACAAGAUCGUGCGCGGGCUGCGCAGCGGCUACGACGACGUCACCACGGACUUCGUGGGCUGGCUGCUGCUCGCCUGCAACAUGGGCUUCAACUACCACAGCACGACAUACUUCCUCUGGCCGCUGGGCUGGCUGCUGGGCGCACUGGUAAACCUGUUGGUUGUGCCGAUCUACAUGCUGCUGUGCCGCUGGGACAUCCACAAGUGGCGGACUCAGCGCGAGGAGACGCACCUGGCAGCCAAGACUGACUAG